AUGCGCAGCGCCCGGGCGCUGCUGCUCGCCCUCGCCCUGCGGGUCUGCGCCCUGGACACCGAGACGCCCUCCGCGGGCUGCACCUUCGAGGAGGACGACGACCUGACCCAGUGCGAGUACAGCCAGGGCGAGGAUGAUGACUUCGGGUGGGAGCUGGUCCGCAGCUACAUGAUGCCGCACCUGACGGCUGACCUGCCCCACGGCUCCUACCUGAUGGUGAACGCCUCGCAGCACGCCGCGGGCCAGCGGGCUCACCUGCUCUUCCAGGCGCUGAGCGAGAACGACACCCACUGCCUGCAGUUCAGCUACUUCAUGUACAGCCGUGACGGCCACAGCCCCGGCACCCUCAGCGCCUACGUGCGGGUGACGGGGGGCCCGGUGGGCAGCGCCGUCUGGAACGCCUCCGGCUCCCACGGCCGCCAGUGGCACCAAGCGGAGCUGGCAGUCAGCUUGUUCUGGCCCAACGAGUACCAGGUCCUAUUCGAGGCGGUGAUUUCCAGCGAGCGCCGCGGCUAUCUCGGCUUGGAUGACAUCUUGCUCUUGAAUUAUCCGUGCUCCAAAGCCCCCCACUUCUCCCGCCUGGGCGACGUGGAGGUGAACGCGGGGCAGAAUGCCACCUUCCAGUGUGUGGCCGCCGGCAAGGCCGCCGAGGCGGAGCGGUUCCUGAUGCAGAGGCAGAGCGGCGAGGUGGUCCCCGCUGCCUCCGUGAAGCACAUCAGCCACCGGCGCUUCCUGGCCACCUUCCAGCUGGACGAGGUGUCCAAGGGCGAGCAGGACCUGUACCGCUGCGUCACCCAGUCCAGCCGCGGCGCCGGCGUCUCCAACUUCGCCGAGCUCAUCGUGAAAGAGCCCCCCACACCCAUCGCGCCCCCCCAGCUGCUGCGGGCCGGCUCCACCUACCUCAUCAUCCAGCUCAACACCAACUCCAUCAUCGGCGACGGCCCCAUCGUGCGCAAGGAAAUCGAGUACCGCAUGACUUCGGGGCCCUGGUCGGAGGUGCAUGCCGUCAACAUGCAGACCUACAAGCUGUGGCACCUGGAUCCCGACACGGAGUACGAGAUCAGCGUCCUGCUGACGCGCCCUGGCGAGGGGGGCACCGGCAAGCCGGGACCCCCGCUCAUCAGCCGCACCAAGUGCGCAGAGCCUAUGAGGGCCCCCAAGGGCUUGGCCUUCUCCGAAAUCCAGUCGAGGCAGCUGACGCUGCAGUGGGAACCGCUGGGCUACAACCUGACCCGCUGCCACACCUACACCGUCUCGCUGUGCUACCGCUACCUGGUGGGCAGCGGCCACAACCAGACCUUCCGUGAGUGCGCCAAGAUGGAGCGCAACGCCAACCGCUACACCAUCAAAAACCUGUUGCCCUACAAGAACAUCCACGUCAAGCUCAUCCUCUCCAACCCCGAGGGCCGCAAGGAGGGCAAGGAGGUGACCUUCCAGACGGAUGAGGACGUGCCCGGUGGCAUCGCCUCAGAGUCUCUCACCUUCACCCCGCUGGAGGACAUGAUAUUUCUGAAGUGGGAGGAACCGGUGGAGCCCAACGGCCUCAUCACGCAGUACGAGAUCAGCUACCAGAGCAUCGAGUCCUCCGACCCGGCGGUCAACGUGCCCGGCCCGCGGCGCACGGUCUCCAAGCUGCGCAACGAGACCUACCACGUCUUCUCCAACCUGCACCCUGGCACCACCUACCUCUUCUCGGUGCGCGCCCGCACGGGCAAGGGCUUUGGGCAGACGGCGCUCACCGAGAUCACCACCAACAUAUCCGCUCCCACCUUCGACUACGGGGACAUGCCGUCGCCGCUGGGCGAGUCGGAGAGCACGAUCACGGUGCUGCUGCGGCCGGCGCAGGGCAGGGGGGCGCCCAUCAGCACCUACCAGGUCAUCGUGGAAGAGGACCGGCCCAAGAAGAUCAAGCGGGAGCUGGGCGGCCAGGAGUGCUUCCCGGUGCCGCUGACGUUCGAUGACGCCGUGUCCCGCGGCUCCGUGCACUAUUUCGGGGCCGAGCUGCCCGCCAGCAGCCUCACCGAAGCCAAACCCUUCACCGUGGGGGACAACCAGACCUACAGCGGCUACUGGAACCCGCCGCUGGAGCCCAAGAAGGCGUAUCUCAUCUACUUCCAGGCCAUGAGCAACCUCAAAGGGGAAACCCGGCUGAACUGCAUCCGCAUCGCCCGCAAAGCUGCCUGCAAAGAGAGCAAGCGGCCGCUGGAGGUGUCGCAGCACUCGGAGGAGAUGGGGCUGAUCCUGGGGAUCUGUGCCGGCGGGCUUGUCGUCCUCAUUAUCCUCCUGGGAGCCAUCAUCGUCGUCAUCCGGAAAGGCAAACCCGUCAACAUGACCAAAGCGACCAUCAAUUACCGCCACGAGAAGACGCACAUGAUGAGCGCCAUCGACCGGAGCUUCACGGACCAGAGCACGCUGCAGGAGGACGAGAGGCUGGGGCUGUCUUUCAUGGACACCCACAACUACAGCAACCGGGGCGACCAGCGCAGCAGCGUGGUCAACGAGUCCAGCAGCCUGCUCGGGGGCUCCCCCCGCCGCCAGUGCGGCCGCAAAGGGUCCCCGUACCACACCGGGCAGCUGCAUCCUGCUGUGCGCGUGGCCGACCUCCUCCAGCACAUCAACCAGAUGAAGACGGCCGAAGGCUAUGGCUUCAAGCAGGAGUACGAGAGUUUCUUUGAAGGCUGGGAUGCUUCGAAGAAGAAAGACAAAACCAAAGGGAGACAGGACCAUGUGUCGACAUACGACCGCCACCGUGUGAAGCUCCAUCCGCUGCUGGGCGAUCCCAACUCAGAUUACAUCAACGCCAACUACAUCGAUGGUUACCACAGGUCCAACCACUUCAUAGCCACCCAAGGUCCCAAGCAGGAGAUGGUGUACGACUUCUGGCGCAUGGUGUGGCAGGAGCACUGUUCCAGCAUCGUGAUGAUAACCAAGCUGGUGGAGGUGGGCCGGGUGAAAUGCUCCAAAUACUGGCCGGAUGACUCCGAGAUGUAUGGGGACAUCAAGAUCACCUUGGUGCAGUCGGAGACGCUGGCAGAGUACGCCGUGCGCACCUUUGCUCUCGAGAGGCGAGGUUACUCGGCCCGGCACGAGGUGAAGCAGUUCCACUUCACGUCCUGGCCCGAGCACGGCGUCCCCUACCACGCCACGGGGCUGCUGGCCUUCAUCCGCCGCGUGAAGGCGUCCACGCCACCCGACGCCGGCCCCAUCGUCAUCCACUGCAGCGCUGGCACGGGGAGGACCGGCUGCUACAUCGUCCUGGACGUCAUGUUGGACAUGGCCGAGUGUGAGGGCGUCGUGGACAUCUACAACUGCGUGAAGACGCUGUGCUCGCGGAGGAUCAACAUGAUACAGACGGAGGAGCAGUACGUCUUCAUCCACGAUGCCAUCCUGGAAGCCUGCCUGUGCGGGGAGACCAGCAUCCCCGCCAGCGAGUUCAAGCCCACCUACAAGGAGAUGGUGAGGAUAGAGCCGCAGAGCAACUCCUCGCAGCUGCGGGAGGAGUUCCAGACCCUGAACUCUGUCACUCCCCACCUGGACGUGGAGGAGUGCAGCAUCGCCCUCCUGCCCCGCAACCGGGAGAGGAACCGCAGCAUGGACGUCCUGCCGCCCGACCGAUGCCUUCCCUUCCUCAUCUCUGUGGACGGAGACAGCAACAACUACAUCAACGCAGCCUUAACCGACAGCUACACCAAGAGCGCUGCCUUCAUUGUCACCCUGCACCCGCUGCAGAACACUACGACUGACUUCUGGCGGCUGGUGUACGACUACGGCUGCACCUCCAUCGUCAUGCUCAACCAGCUCAACCAGUCCAACUCCGCCUGGCCCUGCCUGCAGUACUGGCCCGAGCCCGGGCUCCAGCACUACGGCCCCAUGGAGGUGGAGUACGUUUCGGGAGCGGCGGAUGAGGACAUCGUGUCCCGACUCUUCCGAGUGCAGAACAUCACGCGGUUGCAGGAGGGGCACCUGAUGGUCCGGCAUUUCCAGUACCUGCGGUGGUCGGCGUACCGAGAGACCCCGGACUCCAAGAAGUCCUUCCUGCACCUCCUGGCCCAAGUGGAGAGAUGGCAGAAGGAGAGUGGCGAUGGCAGGACCGUGGUGCACUGCUUGAAUGGGGGCGGCCGGAGUGGCACCUACUGUGCCUCCACCAUGAUCCUGGAGAUGCUCAAGUGUCACAACAUGGCAGAUGUCUUCUACGCUGCAAAGACCCUCCGCAACUACAAGCCAAACAUGGUGGAGACCUUGGAGCAGUAUCAUUUCUGCUACGACAUAGCACUGGAAUACCUGGAGUCGCUGGAGACCAGAUAGCACCUCGCCAGGAGGGCGAAGGCAGGGGGCUGCGUAGGGUUUGUGCCAAACACGCAGUUUUGUG